AUGCCCGCUACCGACGCCAACCUCUCGAGCCUUCUCGCGACCGGCAAGAAGCACGUCACCCCCGCCCUCACCCGUAUCCACGACCACAUCCUUGUCAAGGGACAGGGCACCAAGGUCUGGGACGAGGAGGGCAAGGAGUACAUCGACUUCACCGCCGGUAUCGGUGUCACGAACCUUGGCCACUCUCACCCCGCCGUCACUGCCGCUGUCGUGAACCAGGCCCAGCAGAUCUCCCACGUCCAGUGCUCGAUCGCCUUCAAUGUUCCCUACCUCCAGCUCGUUGAGGAGCUCCUCCCCCUCAUGCCCGACCCCAGCCUCGACUGCUUCUACUUCUGGAACUCGGGUUCCGAGGCCAUCGAGAUGGUCCUCAAGCUCGUCAAGCGCGCCACUGGCCGCCCCAACGUCAUCUGCAUGCAGGGCUCGUACCACGGCCGCACCAACGGUGCCGCCGGUCUGACCAAGUCCAAGACCGUCUACACCAUGGGCACUGGCGUCACCAUGCCCGGUGUCUACGCCACUCCCUUCCCCUACUGGCACGCCCUCGGUGUCUCCCCCGACACCCCCGAGGAGGAGCUCGUUAACAUGGCCAAGUUCCAGCUUGAGCUCCUUGUCAAGACCCAGGUCCAGCCCGGCGACGUUGCCGCCAUCUUCUGUGAGCCCGUCAUCGGUGAGGGUGGUUACGUGCCCGCCCCCUCGUCGUGGCUCAUGUACCUGCGCGAGUUCUGUGACAAGCACGGUAUUCUCCUCGUCAUCGACGAGGUCCAGUCCGGCUUCGGUCGUACCGGAAAGAUGUUCAACUCGGAGUACACCCCCGGCUUCCGCCCCGACGUCAUGACCUUCGCCAAGGGUCUCGCCAACGGCUACCCUCUCUCUGGUGUCGUCUCGCGUCGCGAGAUCAUGGAGAAGCAGGAGCCCGGAACCAUCGGCGGUACCUACGCCGGUAACGCUGUCUCGUGCGCUGCCGCCGUCGCCGUCGCCGAGGUCUUCCGCACCCAGCCCAUUCUCGAGAACGUCAACGCCCGCUCCAAGCAGCUCUUCGACGCCCUCCACGCCCUCCAGGCCAACCCCAAGACUGGCUCCCUCAUCGCCGACGUCCGCGGCAAGGGUCUCAUGGUCGCCGUCGAGUUCCGCUCGCGCGCCGACUCCCUCACCCACAAGGGUGUUGCCGAGCCCUCCAAGAUCCCUGAGAACAUUGGCAAGCGCGUCCAGAAGAUCUGCCACGACAACGGCAUCUUCAUCCUCACCACCUCGUGCUUCGACACCAUGCGCUUCAUCCCCCCUCUCGUCGUCACCGAGGAGGAGAUGCAGAAGGCCAUCGACGUCUUCUCCAAGGCCGUCGAGGAGGUCGCCCGCGAGGGAUAA